AUGUCCUCUGCGCCGCCGUCUUUGCAACCUGCAGAUGACGCCUUACUGCAGUUCAUGGCUGAAGGUGGAGCGAAUGAACGGCUCGGCAAUGGGCUGCAACAGGUUAUGCUUAUCCAGAGUCUUGUCGAUGAGGAGCAGCUCAGGCGCGAGGCAGGCGACGGCAGAGACUGGGCCGAGAAUGACCUCGAGGGAAGAGCUUUAGAUGCUUGUCAGAGGCUGCACUGCGCAAUCGAAAGAUUCAGUUCCGCGGGAGAUUUGGAAGCACAGCUCGGAGGACCUCCUUACGUGGCGCAUGCCCCCCUUGUGUUGGAUUUCCCCACUCGGCAGAUCAGCAAGUCGUCAGGAACUUUGCAAGAGAUUUUCGCGAAAGAUCUAUGUGCUCUUUUGGCGCUUCCUGAGUGGCACGGCGCGUUCGUCGAAACAGCGUCGUUGGCGCCCCGCUUGUCUGACGAGGCUCGAUACACAUUGGCUUCGACUGGGAUUUCGCCCACGCUGGGGGGGAGUUCCCGCAGUGACUGCUGCGGGGUGGCGGCGCCCACUGAGCGUUUGGGGGAGGCGCAUCGCGAGCACGCCAAGGACAUUGUCGACGCCGCACUGAAGCAGGCAAGCGAGUGCUUGGUGGAGUCUGGUGCCCGCAUCGUCAUUCUGGGCGACCGCGGCUCCGGCAAGUCCAGCUGUGUGAAUGCCGCUUUCGGCAUUCCCGUGGCCGCUGCCGGGGCUGGUCGGUCGAUCACAGAUGGUAUUUCCUUAUACUAG